AAACAAGGAUACCCCAAUUAAAAAUGCCCGGCUCUCUGUCUCUCUUCUCCGUCAAUGCCGUCCUCCUAAUGUCGGCCGACGACGGCUCUCGCAUCUUCGCCAAAUACUAUUCUCCGCCUCACCCCCCGGCCGGUGCUGCCCCCAAUGCCACCGAUUACCCUGGCGCAAACCCCUACCCCACGCUCAAAGAACAGAAGGCCUUCGAACAGGGUCUCCUCGAGAAGACCAACAAGCAGACCAGCGAUGUUAUCCUAUACGACAACCGGAUCGUUGUCUUCAAGAUGGAGAGCGAUGUCAUGCUCUACGUUGUCGGGGGUGCUGAGGAGAACGAAGUCCUGCUUUAUAAUGUCGUGCUGUCGUUGAGGGAUGCUUUGGGUAUCUUGUUCAAGGGUGCUACUGACAAGCGUACGAUUGUCGAGAACUAUGAUCUUGUUGCGUUGGCUAUCGAUGAGAUCAUUGAUGAUGGUAUUAUUCUCGAGACGGACCCAGUUCUUAUCUCCUCGCGUGUGAGCCGUGCCCCCCAGGCCGAUGCGCCGAAUCUGAAGAGCAUCGAUCUGUCCGAACAAGGCCUGCUCAAUGCCUGGGAGCUUGGAAAGCGGCGCUUGGCCGAAGGCUUGCGGCAGAUGUAG